UGUACCAACAGUUUGUGAUGGGAAAGAGUCUGAGCGGAGGUUGGAAGGGGAGAAGAUACAGAAGGUUCCUCCUUUACCUCCACUGUCUGCCCCCGAAGCAGAACAGUAGUCUGAUGAACGUUGUCCUUCCCCCGCCUGAUGGCUUUAAUGACACAUUACAGCAGACCGGCUAUGACUCCGAUGAGUCUGAGGCAGGUUUCUCAACAAUAUCAGGUGAUACUGUCAUAUACAUACCCAAACAGUCAUCAUCCUCAACAAGCCUGCAGUCUAAUAAGUCCCAGGGAAGCCAUAGAGGACAGGGUAGAAUGUCUGCUCAGACAUCCAGGGAAAGUGUUAAGAAGGGUCUGCAGACUAGUAACAGCUCAGAUAGUCUGUUGAGCUCAGCAUCUGAGAUGUCUGUUGAGAGCAACACCUCCAAGUUAGAAAGAUGUCUGUCCACCGACAGUGGGAAAGGAUCUUUGUUUGAUGAGACGUUAACACAGCCUCCAGCUCAGGAGCCGAAGGACUCUCUUGAUGUUGCCUUUGUUGCUGAUGAGAGUAUGCUUCUGGACACAACUGUUCUGAAGAAGUCAGAAUGCAUAGAUUCAAGUAUUGUGAAACCGUAUGAUAGUUCCCAACCACACCAGCCUAUAGUAAAGAAGUCUCACUCGGCUCAGCAGCUAGCCCUUCCUCCAAGAACUGGAGUUGUACGUUCACAGAGCAUGUAUUCCCACCAAGAGGCUCGCAAACACAACAUUAAACCUAACUUACUAAUAUCAGCUGAAACUCACAAGAUCUUGUCACGAGCUGGUUACUUUCCUGAUAAAGCUCCACAGCAAAGUGGCAAAGAUUUCCGCCUUCCAGUCAAAUCACCGCCGAGGUCCCAUUCAUUUAAUAUGUCUAGAAGAAAUACUACGCUGGGUGAUCAGUCCAUGUUUGAUGAAUCCCACCUGUGUAGCAAAAGCAUUCAUGAUAUACAGGAUGUUUCUCAAAGGUCAAGUUGUGAAACACCCAAGAGACACAAUGUCAGUGACACAUCACACAGACUGCACUCCUGUGACCUAUCUGGUAUCGGCAACAAUGGUAGCCUACAACAAGGCACUCAAAAGAUGGACCUUGUGCAAGAAAAAAACCAAAUGCUGCCUCAAAUAAAACGAGCUGAUAUGUCACUUCCAAAGCAUGAAAGUGUUACACAGAUGCAGGUUUCAAAUGUUGGGAAAGUUGCAGAGAAUGUGAAACAGUUUACUGAUGUUGUGGAGAAACAGUUUCUGUCUGUUCCAAGAUCUGCUCCCAAGCAGAGAGGCAUGUCCCCGGUCAGGAUACCAACAAUAUUUGCAAAGAACAAUGACAUGUCUGCGCGGUAUCGAGACAUAGCACAGGCAGCCAUUGAGAGAGGCAGACUGGCUUCCGACGACAGGCUGUCAAAUAUCAGUGAUGUGAUUAGCCAAUCCAGUGUAACAAAUGACAGCCUCUCCUCCAUCUCUACACUCACUGACUCCGAAACUGAAGACAUGUUCAAACACCCAGCUCCUGUAACCAUGGACACGGCAGUGAAAUCUGAUGUUUCCACAGAUAUCAGGAGUAAGAUUUCCUUUGAAGGUCAGCAAGUUGACCUCAGCUGUUCUUUGCUGGACACCAUCAAUGACGUCUGCACCCCAAAGGUACAGAGGAAGUCGGGCACCAGUAGCAGAUCUCCACUGAAAGACUGUGGUAACAAUAUGGGUGGUCUGAGCCCUACGAAACCAAUGGAAAUCACAGACCAUGUUCUUCUUCGGACUGCAAGUGGGAUGACGCCACGUCAGAUACUGCGUUUUUCUCAACCUUCACACAGCACAUCAAAGUCCACAAAGAGACUGAGUUCCCCUGGACAAACAUUAAAGAAUUCAAGAUCUCCAAACAAACAGUCCUCUACAUCGCUUCCUGAUAACACAGCUCAAGCUAUGUAAUAAUGGUGCAGAUCUUGUUUGAGGGGCAUAGGGAACAGAUAUCAAAUGGUUAUGCGUUUCUUGAACUCAAAAACAGUCAACUUUGGAUGACAUGAAGUUUACAGUAAUCUAUAGUCAAUAUAAGAAACUUCUAACACCAUUUUAGUGGUAAUAAGUAUGAUUUUACCAAUAAUUUCUGAAAUGCUCAAAUCUGAUUCUUCAGCCAGAAGUUUAAAUUGCAACAAUCUCCUAAUGAUAACAAAUUGCUUUUGAUGGUCUUAUGAUGUUUGGUAUUGAGGAAUGUAUUUUAACAUUAAGAAAUACAAUUGUGAUUUGUGAAUAACGGGCAUUAUGUUUGUAUCCCUAUUGCUUUGCGACAUACCUCCUGCUUCCAUCCCUUGUGGGUCCUGUAUCAACGAUUAGUGCUUACACUGCCAUACCCACAUAUGGCAGGUUCUUGUUUAUUGUGUUUGUUGUGUCCAUAGUUUUAAUCCAUGUGCAAUGUGCAAGUGUUAAACCUCACUGGUGGGAUCAAGUCAUCAGGGAAUACAAUUUUAUAAAAUCUAUAAAUGUUUUCUUUGGCAGCCAGUUUUAUCCUCUGAACAUGUAAAUAUGCUUUUGGAAGAUGCUUUAGGUUUAUUGUUAUCUGUACAGAGGAGUAUAAAGUUGACGUAAUAUUUAUUGAUUUAUAUGUUAUGAUGUUCUUGAUGAUAGAAGUCAACAGAUAACUUAUAUUUCAUAUGAAAUGAAACUGUAUCAGAGAUGUACGAUUGGUUGAAAGAAAACAAAAGAAUGAAAUAUAUUUUCUAUCAGAUCAAGCUAAUCAGUGUUUCCUUGCAAUAUUAAACAGACAUUACAUACAACUGUUGAUACAAAGGGGAUAUAAUUCAGUCACCAAAGCAGUGUUCCAAAUUAAGCAUAUAAAUCAAGGGGUGCUUGCUUUGGGAGCAAGUUUCAAGGAGCCCAAGUACUCUGCCUUCUUUUGAAGACUGCAUGAUCGCAUUGAUGUAACCAUUGUCACUGUACUUGGCUUGAUUGAUGGUGGUGUUACAGAUUAACUAUAGUCACUUAAAACAAAUAUUGGAUAUUCUUUUACUUGUUUUGAGUAAUUUAUUUUGUGUGGGGGUAUUUGUAAACUGUCAUUUUAAACAGUAUUUGCAUUAUUCUAGAGGUUCAUUUUCCUUCCUGACUAAAUCAAGACAUACUGUAGUACUCAAGUUACCAGGCCUUCAUUGUUUCUAUAGUAUUUCUCAAUAGAUAUAUUAUAUCAUCCUUCACUUUAGCUAAGUCAUAAAAGCUGACUUCCCCUGCAACCUUUACACAGUCAGCAAAUAAACAUCUCUCAGCCUUUGAGGGGUAGUGGGGUAGCCUAGUGGUUAAAGUGUUCGCUCUUCAAGACAAAGACCUGGGUUUGAUUCCCUCAUGGGCACAAUGUGUGAAGUCUAUUUCUGGUGUCCCCUAUGUGUGAAGCCCAUUUCUGGUGUCCCCUGCAGUGAUAUUGCUGGAAUAUUGCUGAAAGCGGCGUAAAACUAAACUCACUCACUCUGGUGUCCCCUGCUGUUAUAUUACUAAAUGUGGCAUAGAACGAAGCACGCUCACUCUUCACCAAUGAAUUAAAUAUGCAGUUUACCUUUAAGGAGGUCUCAGUAUGUAUUACUGAAUUUUGCCAAAACUUUGCUCAACCUGUUUUUAUUGUAAGUAUUUGUAUUAUAACUGGGUGUUUUUUAAAUCUGUUUUACCAUUUUACCAUUUUUGACAAACUGAUUUCGCUUCUCAAUUGUGUAAAAUGAAAUGUAUGAUGCACCUAUUGCCUACAUUUCGGACUAAUUUGCUCACAGGUCACUGCAUUUUCACUGACAUGAAUAUACAUGUAUCUGUUGACCAAUCUAUAACUGUCGUGAUUUGUUGUUUCAUAUCAGUAAACAAACCAAAUAUGUAUUACAACAUUUGUUUGCAAAUAACAGUCAUAUAUAUGUGUACAAAUUAUACUACUUAGAAACAUAACAUGUAUAUCUUGAAACUAUAGUUCAGCAUGCAAAUAUAUACCUUCCAUAAUAGUACAGAGUAUUGUAUCAAAGUGUAUAUGUUGGGGCUUUCAACAAAACGAUUUGAUUACCAAAUCAUUGCUUUUGGGGUGUCUGGUGUUAGCCACAGACAAUCAGCAACAUGUAUGUAUUGAUUUGCAACAAGGCUGAAUGUCAUUAAGCUUGUCAUGAUUUUUAUCAUAUUGGCACAAAUAGUAAUGUCCUUGCCAUCAUUUGCAACUAGCAUAUGGAAACGUGUAGUUUAUACCUAGCUUGUACACAGAUACUGACGACAGAACCAUGCUUGAGGUAUGCCUGUCGUUGCAACAUACACGUCAGAAUGAUGCUUUUGUAAAAUACUCAGAUGUGAUUUUGUCAUUGGGUUGUGAUAUUACAAUUAUUUUGUUGAACAUUUAUUAUAUUCAUGUAUCCAAGCUAGAGGUAGAUACAAUGAUUACGCAUGUUUAUUAUUUAAGUAGGUGGCUUGUAUUUGGAUCACAUCCAUGUAUAUCAACUAGAGACAGAACGAAAGGAAUAAUUGUUGACUUUUAUGCACCAACUUCAAAACAAUAUGUGAUGUUUUGUAGACAGACCCUUGUUUCACAACAAUAAACUAAGGCAGUCCUUAGUUCAAAACAUUUGGCGGUGGGGUAGCCUCGUGGUUAAAGUGUUCGCUUGUCACGCCGAAGACCUGGGUUCGAUUCCCCACAGGGCCCACAGGGGUCCAAUGUGCGAAGCCCAUUUCUGGUGUUCCCCCCAUCGUAAUAUUGCUAAAAGCGGCAUAAAACUCAGUCACUCUCUGAAUUCUUUUGUUCAAAGAAACAACAGACAAGCCCCUUUACUCAACACACACAUAUCAAUUUAAAUAUCCUGAAUGUUACUUUGAUAAUUAUCUCAUUUGUAACAAACAUGGAAUAUACAUAUUUUUUACCUGUACCAUCACAUAUGAAAGACUAUAAAACAAAUAAACUUGGCCUGGUUGAAAUAGUGUAAGUUACCUGUACAGGUACCUGUAACGUGAUCCAGCAACCAAAUCCAACUUGUUUCAUCAAUUACUCAACAUGCAGUUUAAGUCAAAGCAGCAAGUUGGAUUAUUGUAUCGGUUCAGCAUACAGAGCAUAAUGUCACUUGCUGUAUAUUGCAGUCACUCUCCUCUUUGCCCUCCCCCAACCUUGUCUAUUCCUUCCCCCAUCUGUAUCCUAUCAUAUCAACUGGGACUGCAAUCUUUGUAUGAGUGUAUGCAAUAAAAUAUCAUAUUUGAAA